AUGGCGCGAUGGGGUCGAAUGUCUUCAAUGCUUGGCAGUGUCAAUGAAUACUCACAUUUAAAAUGGCCAUUAACGUUUGCCAGUUUACUAACAACAUUAUUAGCUUUUAUUCUCCUACUAAGUUUUCGUUCGGACGCGUGGUUUACCUACGAACUGAUUCAUGUUGAUAAUACAUCUAUUGUCACAUCGAAUUCGCCAACAUAUUCUCCAUUGAUUGAGUAUGGCUCAUUAGGUCUCUGGUCAAUAUGUAAUAGUCAUUACGAUGAUCCGAUUAUGAAGUGUGAUCUGUGGACCAGAGUAACCCGACCGCAUUAUUUUAAUGUGAUUAUUGUUCUAAUUACAUGUGCAUUAUUUCUUUCCAAUUUAACCGUUUUCCCAUCAUGGGGUGCGUCAAUUCUGAUUCUCUAUAAUACUGAUAAUCGUUAUAUUCGCCAUAUUGUUGGUUUUAUAUGGAUACUUUUGCUCUUAACGUUAGUCUGUACUAUUGUUCUAAUCAUCGCAAUGUUAUUAAUAGCAUUAACACAGUUCUAUUCUCCAGGAAGAUUUAUUAUUCAAUCUGAUCAUCUGUACUUUCGUUCUGGUCCUGGUUUACAUUAUGCUAGCUUUGCAACAUUUUUGUCGGUUAUUUGUUUAAUCUUGAUUAUUGUGACAUUAUUAUGGAAGAAGAUGAUUGAAAUGAAAAACAACGAAGAAGAAAAAGACCUUCUGAGACAAUUAACUGAUGAUUAUCAACCAGGUUGGCAUCGAAUGGUAAUAGCACCGCGUACACCAUUAGCAAAUGAGCAAGCUGGCGAACCACCACCAUAUCAAUAUUGA